CUUCGCAUCGCGCAUGGGGUCUCUGCAUUGCAUUUACAGCCUUGGUGCCUCACGCCCGAGUGCACCGCACCUCCAAAGACUGUACUCGCUGCCUCUCCGUCUAGGCGAGGGUCUGUGUUUUCUGGACUCCUUUCCAGUAGAUCUAAUUCAUGCUGGACAACUUUUGAAGUAUUGACAUUGAAAAUCAUUACUGAGACUCAAUCAAAGUCAAAGGCUUUAGAGCUCAUUUUCAGUUAAGACAAUAAUGACUAGCUUUGACUCUAAUUCUAUUGUUAAUUGUUUUCUGUGCAUCCUGAAAGAAAACUUAACUAUGAAUAACAGUUCCUAAGAGAUUUUCUGAAAACUACUCUGAAUCAACCGAGGGACACUGGAUUGUCUGGAGGAAUUUUAAGAUCUGUGAAAAUCAAGUAAUCUGGACUAUUCAACUACUGACACUUAGAGCACUCUUACUCAAAUACCAUGUCGAAGAACUCAGAGAUAAUCAAUUUGUCAUUUUUAUUAGAUCAUGAGAAGGAAAUGAUACUGGGUGUCCUAAAGAGAGAUGAAUAUUUGAAAAAAGUGGAAGACAGAAGAAUAAGGAAGCUAAAAACUGACCUCCUUGAAGCAAAACGUAGGAGUGGGAAGACUCAACAGGAUGGCAACAGAGUCUGUGUACACUGUGAGAGAAACCUGGGUUUCAUAUUCAACCGGGGAGACCCAUGCCAGGUCUGCUCCUUGAGGGUGUGCAGCAAGUGCCGUGUACCCAGCCUUGACGGCAGCUGGAAAUGCUCUGUCUGUGCCCAAUUCGCACAACUAAAGAUUGUAACUGGUGAAUGGUUUUUUGAAGAAAAGGCAAAGCGUUUCAAGCAAGUCAACAUUCUAGGCACUGAUGUUGUCCGGCAGUCCAUCUUAAGAAGAAGCCCAGGAAUAGAAGGAAAUCAGAUUCAAGAGAAAUUCUUCCAAGAUCCAGAAAAGUCAGACAUAUCAUCUUCUGCUGUGCAAAGGUCCAGUCAUGAUGGUUCCAAAAGAAAAGGAUUUCUCUUCAGUAAGUUCAGAUCAGCUACCCGAGGGGAAAUUAUAACUCCAAAAGCUGAAAGUGGUCGGAGCUACAGCUUAGACUUGGACAGCCAACAUUUUGGGAGUUUUAAGUCUGUUUCUGGUUCAGACAGGGGAAGCACGGGUUCUUCAGAUCUUAAUGAACAAGAAGUCGGUCCUGUAACCCCAAAGAGCUACUGGAGCAGUGGAAUGUCUCCAGUCACUCAGAAAUCACCGGCCCCAAGCACACGCAGUGUGACCUCAGGCAGCAGUACAAAGGAGCAUGGUUUUGAAACUUCCACGGAUUUGACUAACAUUGAAAGUAAUUCUGAAAACUUCAGGAAGAACCAUCAUAGAAAUACUUCUGUUAUGCCAUCCAUAGCGGUGUCCAGGGCGUCCAUCUCCUCGGACCAUAGUCAAUCUGAGAUAGAUUUGAGUGGGUCAUUUACAGAAGACUUUGAGGAUACUGUCAGUGUAAGAAGCAAGUCUGUUUCUGGAACCUUAGACAAAGACUUGGAAUCCUUGGGAGAGACAGAAGAAGGCAUUCAUAACUUAGUGUCCUCCCAGUUUUCUACUGACACCCACAGUCUAGCAAGUGGUCUGUUAACUACCAGCCUUAACAGCAUGAUGAGCGUUUACAGUGAAACAGGAGAUUUUGGUAAUGUGAAGGUUAGUGGUGAGAUCCUUCUGCAUAUUAGCUACUGUUACAGAACUGGAGGACUAUUCAUUUUUGUGAAGCAUUGCAGAAAUCUGGCCAUAGGAGAUGAAAAGAGACAGAGGACAGAUGCGUAUGUCAAGGCAUAUCUUCUUCCUGAUAAGUCCAGAAACAAUAAGCGCAAGACCAAAAUCAGAACAGGCACCAAUCCAGAAUUUAAUGAAACACUAAAGUACACAAUCAGCCACACACAGCUGGAAACAAGAACUCUGCAGCUUUCAGUCUGGCACUAUGAUCGAUUUGGACGUAACAGCUUCCUAGGCGAGGUGGAGAUUCCUUUUGAUUCAUGGAACUUUGAAAACACAAAAGAGAAGUGGUUUGCACUUCAACCCAAGAUGGAUGUUUCUACUGAUUUUAAUCAGUACAAAGGAGAACUGACAGUUAGUUUACGUUACAGUCCACCAAAAGAGAACUUAACGCUUCCACUACAACAACUUCAAGGUGCAGUUAAGAAGACCAUGAAAAGAGGGAAGAAGGAAUCUUUAACCCCAGGGGGAAAACUUGAAGUGAUCAUCAAAGAGGCAAAGAAUUUGACAGCAGUGAAGGCAGGAGGCACUUCUGAUAGCUUUGUGAAGGGUUACCUGCUCCCUGAUGAUAACAAAUCCAGCAAGCACAAAACUAUGGUCAUAAAAAAGAGUGUGAACCCUCAAUGGAAUUAUGCUUUCAUGUUUAGUGGCCUGGAACCUCAGGAUAUAAAUAAUGUUUGCAUAGAACUUACUGUCUGGGACAAAGAAGCUUUUUCCAGCAACAUCUUUCUUGGAGGAGUUCGUUUGAAUUCUGGAACUGGUAUGAGCCAUGGCAAAAAAGUGGACUGGAUGGACUCCCAGGGGGAAGAGCUACACCUUUGGCAGAGGAUGGUUGAAAAUCCUGGGGUUCCUGUAGAGGGCAUACUUAUGCUCCGUGCAAGCAUGGGGAAGUGUUUGUUGUAAACAUGCCAGUCUUCCAUGAAUUCAAGUUUCCAGAGAGUGUUUGGCUACAGUUUUUGUUUCCAUGUCAUUUCUUACCUGGUGGUUAGAAUGAGAGGAGAGAGAUGUCAGUGUUAUGAAUUUAUGAUCUUGCCAAGUAUCUAAAAAUAUGUACCUCACUAUGUUGAUGGUUCAAGACCGUUCUAAUUGGAUGAUAGGGUAUGGCACUAUCUUAUUCAAAAAACAUUGUGUGAUGUUCACAUAGGUUUUAUA